CACGCGGUAAUUAUUACAAAAUAGACUCACAAUACUCUCACAUUCCUCUCUUUAAACUUAAAUAAAACAAAAUGACCUUUAAGAUUAUCCAAUGGAACAUAAACGGCUACACAAAUAAUUACAGCGAACUACAAACAUUAAUUGAAAAACACACGCCCCUUAUUCUAUCUCUACAAGAAACACACAUAAUACACCCCAAAUCCAUACCUAUACCAAACAACUACACCUUAAUAACAAAAAACAGUUCACCUUCCCAUGGGGGCGUAGCUCUACUGAUACAUAAUUCCCUACAAACUCGAGAAAUCUGUCUGAACGGUGGCUUCGAUGUAGUAUGUGCAGAGCUCAAGUCAAACCUCAAAUUUAGAGUAAUUUCAGCCUACAUAGCACCAAACAGGAGAUUUUCUAUGAACAAUCUCCAAAAUGUUUUAGAAACCUCAAACAUACCCGUGCUAGUCACUGGCGAAAUACUCGACAAAUUCAUAACUCAAUCAAACUACAUCCUACUAAAUGACGGUUCACCAACACACCUUAGCACCCACAACACACUAACAAAUAUCGACAUAACCUUUAGUAGUCCAAUUUUACAACUUGACAGCACAUGGUACACAGAAAACGAUCUCUUCGGUAGCGACCACUUCCCUAUCAUAAUUAACCUCUUUGACUCGUAUCCAACAAGAACACAACACACAUCCUCCAAACCCAUCUUCAUCACUGAUAAAGCAAAUUGGGAACGAUUUUCAGAACUCGCAGAAGAAUACUCAUCACAACUAAAGCCAAGCACUAACAUAAACAAAGAAACAGCCACAAUACAAAAAAUAAUUAUAUCCAGUGCACACAAAACAAUCCCUCAGACACACCCUACGUCCAAACCGUAUAAUGUACCUUGGUGGAACAACAAUCUACAAAAACUUAGAGACGACAAAGUCAAGAAAUGGCACACUGAAAAGAAACAUCUGUACCCAGAACAUCAUUCAAUUUAAACGUGCGAAUGCCAAAUUUAGAAGAACCCUAAGAGAAG